UUCAGCCGGUGCAAUUGCGUUUACCAAAAGACGCGCUUUUUACAAAAUUUAUAUUUGACGUUUGUGAACUCGCGAGCGGUGUUUUGACUUGUUCCGUCAUUGCGUAUUUCCCUUUUCCGAUUGAACACCCAGAAAAUCAAAAGUUAAGUGAGCGGAAAACAAAUAUAAUGAGAAAGUUAAGUGCCAAGAAAAAAGUGAAGAAGGCUAGAGGCAAGGAUGAGGAUGCGGCCGCUACGCCGGACUCCAACGUAGAUUUGGAGGUAAACGAAAAUGGCGGAAAAAACGAUGAAAGCUCCGACGACGAAAGUGACAACAGCAAAACAGUCAAGCGCAAAAGUAGAAAGAACGCCGGCGAGAAAAAAUCCAACGACACAGAACCAGAAGACGAAGCGGCCGAGGAGGAGAAGAAAGCUGAUGAUGCUGAUGAAGGCGAGGACGAGGAAGGUGACGAGGAGUAUGAGGUUCAGGACAUCGUGGAUGAAAAACAGGAAAAAGGUGUGACGUAUUACCUAAUCCGGUGGAAGGGAUACGGUCCAGAGGGUGACACCUGGGAACCAGAGGACACAUUGAAUUGUGACGAUAUUGUCGCGCGGUUCAAAAAGAAGAAGAAGACAAAAGGAUCAUCCGCGUCAGGCAAAUCGAAGAAGAGCACUCCUACUGGUCAGGGAGCAAGGAAGCGUAAGGCUGAAGAGGAAGUAGAUGACGAGCCAAGCGAUCCCGAGAAGGAGUGGGAGGUGGAGCGCAUCGUGGAUGUAGGUUACGAAAAGGGUGUCCGACUUUUCCGAGUUCGCUGGAAAGGCUACCGGCCCAAAUUUGACACAUGGGAGCCAGAGGAACAUCUCAAUUGCCGAGAUUUGGUUGAGAAAUUUAUGGAGAAGAUGGAAGACUCGAAAAAACUGGGCCAGAAAGAACUGCGCGAGAAACCCAAAAGGACACAGCGUUUCGGUGGAGACUCCUACCGCCGCGGCUCCAAGCGGAAUGCAGGACGGAGCAGGACUGUUUACUACGAGGAAGACUAAUCUUUUCUUGGAUAUUUUGUUGUGAAGUAUUUUGGUUAUUUUGUAUUCCGAUAUUUUUAAGCAAGUAAAGAACUCGGUUUUAAGUUUGUUUAAUGGCGCGGCCUGGAAUUGUAGAAAAUAUAUAACAGUGGAGCGUUCGAUGAAACAGGCGAGCUGAAAGAAACAAUCCUUAGUAAGAAAUAGAAGCAGAAUCUCCAUAAUUUGUUUGCAGUAUUUCUCUCCAGCGUAGCGUCGAUAGAUUAAGGAAAAUACAUACAUGCAGGAUAGAUGCAUCUGCACAAAAUCCACUUAUUGAAACUAAUAAUAGUUCAUAUAUAUAGAAAUAAAAAAUUUUAAAAAUUCUAA